AACCGUUUCUUGCUUUGCUUGUAGAGGGGCCAGAUGCCAGAUUUGUGAUUUGUUUUGAACGACAGGCCGGGCCAGUAGCAAAGAUCUGCAGGCAGGCAGGCGAGCGAGCGACAAGAUCAGCUGCUGCAGCCGCUGGGCCGACGGACGACACGAAUCGGCGGCUUUUCUGAUUCGGCGGCCAUGAGCACCGAAGAGAAGUUCCGCGCGGCCGUCAACGUGAUCCGCAGCCUGCCCAAGAACGGCUCGUACCAGCCGUCGUACGAGUUGCAGCUGCGGUUCUACGCGUUCUUCAAGCAGGCGACGGAAGGCCCUUGCACGGAGUCGCAGCCGGCCUUCUGGGAGGUGGUGCGUCGCAAGAAAUGGGAAGCAUGGAAGAAGCUGGCCAACAUGCCCAAGCAGCAGGCCAUGGAGAGCUACGUAGAGGAACUCAAGAAGAUCGUGGAGACAAUGUCGUACAACGAGAAUGUGGCCGAGUUCCUGGGCUCGUUGGGCUCAUUCUACGAGGCGGUGCCGCAAGAGGACCUGCAGCUGGCCGUCGGAGACAUCAUUGAGAGAGUCAGCAGCCGCGCCUCCAGCCCGGUGCACUCGCUGCCAUCUAAACAGUCGCUGAGCCAAGCCAUGGACAAAGAGGAUGAGGACGACGAAGACGAAUAUGAAGAUUUCAAAGACUCUCUGGUCGAGUUGAGGCAGGAAGACGUGGAGAACUUUGUACAAAACAAACCAGUCACUGCCAAAAAAAAUGGUCAUGCCAUAAAGCCGGCUGGGGAUGCCGCGGAGCUCGCGUCCCGGAUUACGGCAAUGAGCCAAAAAGGGCUGGAUGAGCAAGUGGCCGAGCAGUUGCGGGACACGACGAGGCAGCUUCAGCGAGACCUCAACGCAAUCAAUACCAGGCUUCUCAGGCUCGAAGAAAAGAGCAGCCAGCAAAAUAGGGAAAAGCCGUCUUUGGCUGGAAUUUGGCCGCUGAGUGAUGUUUCGCCGCGGACAGCGAUGGUGAUCGUGCUGUGGCCGCUGGUGGUGCACGCAGCUGUGGCCGUUUGGCGCUCAAAACGCCGUCACUGACUGUUUGCGAGGGAGGAAAAUGAAAUAAAAGAUAAAUAAUACCUAGCCACACCGUGUUGGGCCAUAUUCACACUUUCCGUAGUUUAUUUUUACAUUUAUUAUACAUAUAUUCUACGCCUCUGUUGAUUAAUGAUAUAUCACGUGAAUAUGCAUCAUUAUUAUCGAUUGUAUCCUGAUCAGACUAGUCCUGUCUCUCUGUGGUUUCACCAUUGUUUACCAGAAUGCUAAUCGUAAGGCGAUUUGUUUCCGACUCUAGAGUGAUUAACGCUGCGGUGAUAAUUUGGCGAGUUGCUUGGUUCAUUUUAAGAGCUGUUUUUGUUGUUGUUACUGCCACAUUCACCAUACACAUACUUCAAUAAACAAAUUUUUAUAUUUCAUAAA